AUGUUGGACGAAGAUCAAGCGUUGUUGGUACAAGUCGCUGCUGACGUUCCCAUUGUGGCAGAGAAAGGUCAAGUCACCCCAGCGUGGCAGGUGCAACAUCGCUUCCUUGCCUUGGUGGAUGAGCAUCGUAUCUUCGAUGCAGCGUCGGUGAAACUAUCUGGAGUCGACGAGGAGGAGACUGAUAAGCACGUGCUGUUGGAUGAUUUGGUGGUGUUAUUGGACGAUGCUAAUUGGAUCAAGGGGGGCAGUUGGUUCGAGAAAUUGCCACGAAGACCAUGAAACGACGCGUUGAAAGUGGCGACGGAGAAGAACCAAAGAAGAAGACAGCAUAGGACAAUCGCCGAAACAGUUUGGUCGCAGCUAUCGAACUUGACAGCGAAAGAGAGUCGGCCUGCAAAGACAAGGAGCUGAAAAAUUGUUGCCCCGAAAACCUGAAAUUAUCCAUUUUGAAAUUGCAGUGGCGGGAUCCCCGUAGAUGUAAUACCCGUUGAAUAUGUCAGCGUUGGUUUCGAAGUACGCUUGUAAAUUGCUAACACGAA